AUGCAGCAAACUGUUGACAACGAGGAGCAAGUGAAGCAAGUACGGAAGAAACCGAAGCAGCAGGAGCGAUCUACGGGCGAAGAUAGGAGGAUGCGGCUGCGAGCAUGGAUGGCAUCGCAAGAUGCUGAGGAGGUGGUGCCUGCUCUGAGCGAUGUUCAAGUUGUUCUCCUCGGUACCAAACGCACGGUGACCAUCGGGAUGGUCGCAAGGGCCUGUGCAGCGUUCGAAGUAGGAGAGCUCACGUUUGUGCAACCACGAGCAAACGUCUUGCAGCAGUCCGCCAUCCGAGCGUCGAGAGGAGCGCUGCAGCAUACAUACGGGAACGGAUUGAGAUGGCGGGAGUGCGAGACGCUAGAGGAGGCAGUAGGAGGCAAGCAGCCUCUUGCUGUCGAUCCUCUUCCCUUCCCUUCGGAGGAGGAGGAAGAAGCCGAGGCAGAGACGUCGGAAGAGGAAAGAGAUGUCCUUGCUGAUAUGAAGAAGCUGUUUGGGGCAGGCGAGCUAUCAGGAAUGUUUGCGGAGAUGAGAAGGGAGGCGGAGACGUCAGGGUCGCGGCUCUGCCUUGUGUUUGGGAGGGAAGAUACUGGGUUUCUUCCUGGAGAGUUACAGGCCCUCGACGCCGACGGCGUCUGCUCUAUCCCGAUGAGCUCCAGAUGGGACGACGGCGAUGACGAUGACCAUAAUGGUGAUGAUGAUGAUGCUGAUGAUGGUGGUGAUGAUGACGACGGUGAUGACGAUGACCAUAAUGGUGGUGGUGGUGAUGAUGAUGAUGAGCUGAAGGGCACGGAGUCUCUCUCGCUCGCUCAGGCGGUUCCUGUCGUUCUUUCUCGUCUCUAUGAGGAUCAUUGCAAAGAUCAUAGAUAA